AUGAAGUUCUCUUCAUAUAUCGCGGCUGCGGCCAUCAUAUCCGGUGUUCAGGCUUCUCCGCACCCCGCACCCCAGCAGCAACAGCUCCUGGGCGUGCCAUCCACGCCCUCCCAGCCCAGCUACACCCAAGCAGGCCUAGAUGAUAUAAUCAGCGAUUCACCUCUACUAUCUCUCCACCGAGAUCUGGUGAAAAUCGAGUCAAUCUCCGGCAACGAACACGAUGUCGGCCUCUUCGUCGCGCAAUACCUGGAGGCCCGGGACUUCACCGUGGUAAAGCAAGAGGUGCCCCCAGUGAAAGGACAAGAGGACACAAAGACCCGAUACAACAUCUACGCCGUUCCAAAAUCAUACACAGAACCCCCCUCAAUCAUCCUCACAAGCCACAUCGACACAGUCCCACCCUUCAUCCCAUACUCCGUGCACCAGCCAACCAACUCCACCACCGUCGACCCAGAAGACCUCAUCCUAUCAGGCCGCGGCUCCGUCGAUGCAAAGGGUAGUGUCGCAGCCCAAAUCUUCGCAACCCUCGAAACCCUGGACUCAAACCCAGAAGCCAAGCUGGGCCUCCUCUUCGUCGUCGGCGAAGAAAUCGGCGGCGACGGCAUGAAAGUCUUCUCAAACUCAACCCUCAACACCAAAGACGUCUUCAAAACCAUCAUCUUCGGUGAACCAACCGAAGCAGCCCUCGUCGCCGGCCACAAAGGCAUGCUCGGCUUUAAGGUCCUCUCUCACGGCAACGCCGCACACUCAGGAUACCCGUGGCUAGGCAAGAGCGCCGUCUCGGCGAUUCUACCUGCGCUCUCGCGUGUCGACGUGCUAGGUGAUAUCCCCGCCGAAGAAGGCGGUCUACCUGCGUCCCCGAAGUACGGACCGACGACGCUGAAUAUUGGCGUUAUUCGCGCUGGGGUCGCGACGAAUGUUGUUCCUUCUGAGGCGUGGGCGGAUGUUGCUGUUAGACUUGCGGCUGGAACGCCUGCUGAGGCGCGUGAGAUUAUUCAGCGUGCUGUUGAGGAGGCUGUGAAGGAUCAACCGGCCGAGGUUGUUUUGGACUUUGUUUCUCAUGGCGAGUCUUAUCCCCCGCAGGAUUUGGAUGUUGAUGUUGAUGGGUUUAAUGUUACUACUGUUAACUAUGGUACUGAUGUGCCGAAUCUGGCUGUCGGAGCUGGUGUUAAGCGCUACUUGUAUGGGCCUGGCAGUAUCUUUGUUGCUCAUGGUGAUAAUGAGGCUUUGACCAUCCGCCAGAUUAAGGAGGCUGUCGAUGGUUAUAAGAAGCUGAUUGAGGCUGCGCUGAAGAGAGAGAAGAACUGA